CGGAGACCCGACCUGGGAGGGUAGUGGUGGCCCUCUGGCGGGGCUGUGGCGGGUUUCCAUGGACUCUACCGCCUGCUUGAAAUCCUUGCUCCUGACCAUCAGUCAGUAUAAAGCCGUAAAGUCGGAGGCGAACGCUACCCAGCUUUUGCGGCACUUGGAGGUAAUUUCUGGACAGAAGCUCACACGAUUAUUUACAUCAAAUCAGAUAUUACCAAGUGAAUGCCUGAGUUGCCUUGUAGAGCUACUUGAAGACCCAAACAUAAGUGCACCACUGAUUUUAAGUAUUAUCAGUUUGUUGUCUCAACUAGCUUUAGACAAUGAAACCAAAGACUGUCUUCAGAAUACAUAUAACCUGAAUAAUGUGCUGGCAGGCGUGAUUUGUCGGAUCAACACUUGCCACAGUGAUUCAGUGUUUUUGCAGUGCAUUCAACUUCUGCAGAGGUUAACAUAUAACGUCAAAAUUUUUCAAUCUGGUGCCAAUAUAGAUGAACUAAUUACAUUCCUGAUAGAUCAUAUUCAGUCUUCUGAAGAUGAGUUAACAAUGCCUUGUCUAGGAUUAUUGGCAAAUCUUUGUCGACACAAUCUUUCUGUUCAAACAUACAUAAAGAGUUUGAACAAUGUGAAAUCUUUUUAUCGAACUCUUAUAAGUUUCUUGGCCCAUAGUAGUUUAACUGUGGUUGUGUUUGCACUUUCAAUAUUAUCCAGUUUGACGUUAAAUGAAGAGGUUGGGGAAAAGCUAUUCCAUGCUCGAAACAUUCAUCAAACUUUUCAGCUAAUAUUUAAUAUUCUCAUAAAUGGUGAUGGCACACUAACCAGAAAGUAUUCAGUUGAUCUACUGAUGGAUCUCCUUAAGAACCCUAAAAUUGCUGAUUAUCUUACCAGGUAUGAGCACUUUUCUUCAUGUCUUAAUCAAGUAUUAGGUCUUCUUAAUGGAAAGGAUGCUGAUUCUUCUUCAAAGGUUUUAGAAUUACUUCUUGCCCUCUGUUCAGUGACUCAGCUGCGCCACGUGCUCACUCAGAUGCUAUUUGAACAAUCUCCAUCUGGCAACACCAUGCUGGGAAGCCAUUCUAAAUGUUUAGAGCCUGCUGUGGCUCUACUUCGUUGGUCAAGCCAACCUUUGGAUGCAUCAGACAACUGUUCUAUUUUAGCAUUGGAGCUGUUCAAGGAAAUAUUUGAGGAUGUCAUAGAUACUGCUAACAGUUCCUCAGCUGACCAUUUUGUGACCCUUCUGCUGCCUACAGUCCUUGAUCAGCUUCAGUUCACAGAGCAAAAUUUAGAUGAGACCUUAAUAAGAAAAAAAUGUGAAAGGAUGGUCAAGGCCAUUGAAGUUUUGUUAACUCUGUGUGGAGAUGAUACUCUAAAAAUACAUAUUGCAAAAAUUCUGACUACUAUCAAAUGUGCCACUCUAAUAGAACAACAGUUUAAAUAUGGCAAGAUUGACCUGGGGUUUGGAACAAAGGUAGCAGAUUCUGAACUGUGCAAACUUGCUGCUGAUGUAAUUUUGAAAACUCUUGACUUGAUGAACAAACUUAAACAGUUGGUUCCUGGUAUGGAAGUAAGCUUCUACAAAAUCCUUCAGGAUCCACGCUUGAUUACUCCCUUGGCUUUUGCUUUAACAUCAGAUAAUAGAGAACAAGUCCAGUCUGGAUUGGGAAUAUUAUUGGAAGCUGCUCCACUGCCAGAUUUUCCUGCCUUAGUACUUGGAGAAAGUAUAGCAGCAAACAAUGCCUAUAGACAGCAGGAAACAGAAAAUAUGCCUAGAAGAAUGCCUUUGCAAUCAUUAAGUCACAGUUUUCCAACAUCAGUAAAAUGUUUAACUCCUCCGCUUUUGAAAGAUCGAGUUCCUGGAUUGAAUAUAGAGGAAUUAAUAGAGAAACUUCAGUCUGGAGUGGUGGUAAAGGAUCAGAUUAAUGAUGUGAGAAUAUCUGACAUAAUGGAUGUAUAUGAGAUGAAACUGUCUACAUUAGCUUCCAAAGAAAGCAGGCUACAAGAUCUCUUGGAAGCAAAAGCUCUAGCCCUCGCACAAGCCGAUAGACUGAUUGCCCAAUAUCGCUGUCAGAGAACUCAAGCUGAGACAGAGGCACGGACACUGGCUGGUAUGUUGAGAGAAGUUGAGAGAAAAAACGAAGAGCUUAGUGUGUUGCUAAAGUCACAGCAGAUUGAAUCAGAAAGAGCCCAGAGUGAUAUUGAGCAUCUCUUUCAACAUAAUAGGAAGUUACAGUCUGUGGCUGAAGAACAUGAAGUACUAACAAAAUCCUACAUGGAACUUCUUCAGAGGAAUGAAACUACUGAAAAGAAGAAUAAAGAUUUACAGAUCACAUGUGAUUCUUUGAAUAAACAAAUUGAGACAGUGAAAAAGUUGAAUGAGUCACUCAAGCAACAAAAUGAAAAAACUGUUGCCCAAUUAAUAGAGCGAGAAGAACAGAGAAAAGAAAUACACAACCAACUAGUAGACAGAGAAUGUAAACUAGCAAACUUGCAACAAAAAACAAAAGUACAAGAAGAAAAGAUUAAAGUCUUACAGAAAGAAAGGGAAGAUAAGGAAGAAACCAUUGAUAUCCUUAGAAAAGAAUUAACCAGAACAGAACAGAUAAGGAAAGAAUUGAGUAUUAAGGCUUCUUCCCUAGAGGUUCAGAAGGCCCAAUUAGAAGGUCGAUUGGAAGAGAAAGAGUCUCUGGUGAAACUUCAGCAAGAGGAGUUGAACAAACACUCUCAUAUGAUAGCAAUGAUCCACAGUUUAAGUGGUGGAAAAAUAAAUCCAGAAACUGUGAAUCUCAGUAUAUAGACAUUAUGUAUUUAUCUUCUGGGGGAGGUGGGGUAGGGACAGUAUUUUGUGACUCCAAAAGAAUAGAGAAUUAUUAUCUAAUUAUUAAUUUAGUAAAGAACCUGAUCUGAUACACGUUUUUAUAUGGUCUUAAAGUUUUACUUCCUAUUUCUGGCUUUUAUUGCUUAACGUUUUUGGUUCUUAUAUUAGAAUAUUCUUAACCUCCAUUAUUGUUUUUUCUAAAGUUUUUACUUUUCCUUGGUUGCUUUCCACUCUCUUCUGAUUGUUUAUUUUCAUUUAGAUUUUAAAAUUAAACUUUUUUUGUUAACAGUCAAUCCUAAAGAUUAAUAAGUUGAAAAUGCAAUUAGUAAAAAGAGACAAUUCAUAAUAUUGCCAGAGAGGUUUUUCUCUAAAGUACCACACAAGAAAAUAUCAGUGAAUUUAAAAUAAUUUUAUUACUUUAUUUAAAAUGCAAUAAGAUGCAUGGUGUAAGUUCUAAAUUUGAUACAAAUUCAAUGAAUAUAAAAGAAAUAAUGUAUACAAAUUAGAAUAUAGCUGAUGUGUUAAAUGACUGUGUUGUUUGUCACAUAAAAAGCUAAUAACGUGGUAUUAUUUAUAUGAUAGUUUUACAAUAGUUUUACUGUUUUUAAAAUGGUGCAUAUUGGCCCGCCCAUAUCACUUCAGUCAAUUAUGUAUUUCUUUUCAUUUCCAUAAGGAUAACUUGGAUUCUCUCCUUCCUUACAUAUUCAGAGAUUUAUUUGUUGUUAAUUCUAUGUGAAUUUUAUUUAAUGUAUUGUCUUUCAUUUAAAUAGUUUUUAAUUGGGCCAUUUAAUUUAAAGUAUAGGUUACAUAUUUUUCAUGUAUCUCUUUAAUACAAGGGAAUUUUUCAGUACUCUUCAUUUGAAUCAAA